CAGCGCCGCGGGGGUGGGUGCGCGGGGCUUCCCUGCGUCUUGUUCAGAACCCGGUCUGAGGUGGUGUGGUUUCGGCGAUGAGCUCCCAGAAAGGCAACGUGGCUCGUUCCAGGCCUCAGAAGUACCAGAACAUGUUUAGCUUCAAGAAUGACAGAUUCGAUAAGAGUGCUCAGACCAAGAUAGAGUUAGACAGUGAGAGCGAGAGACAGAGAGAAAGUUCUUCCCUCCGUCGGUUCACACCCCAAAUGGCCACCAUGGCUGGAGCUGCACUGAUCCGAAGCCAGCAGCCAGGUGCUUCCUCCUGGUCUCCCAUGCAAUGCAGGGCCCAAGCACUUGGGCCAUCCUCCACUGCCCUCCCGGGCCACAGCAGAGAGCUGGACUGGAAGAGGAGCAACCGGGACCAGAACUCAGCGCACAUAUGGGAUGCUGGUGCUGCAGGUGGAGUAUUAACCAACUGCUUCUCCCUGGCAGUCCUUGUUCAACUUAUAUGGUCUCUGCUCUCCCCCUGCCAGCGGACAAUUCAGGACUGAUUUCUCAGUUUAAUUCCAACUCACUGAGAAUUAAUGCAAAACUUCAUGAGGGAGUGUGUCAGCGCUGUAAAGAAGUUCUUGAAUGGCGGGUAAAAUACAGCAAAUACAAACCAUUAUCGAAACCUAAAAAAUGUGUUAAGUGUUUACAAAAGACAGUGAAAGAUUCUUAUCACAUAAUGUGUAGACUUUGUGCCUAUGAACUUGAAGUUUGUGCAAAAUGUGGAAAGAAAGAAGACAUUGUUAUUCCAUUUAACAAAGAACCUGAAAAGUCUGAAAAUAUUGACAGUAAUCUAAGUUCCAACUGUAGAGGAAACUGCAGAAGAAAUGAAGAAAGCGAUGAUGAUUUAGAUUUUGAUCUUGAUUUAGAUGACACAGAAGAUUAACAACCCAGUUGAUUAAUGGAACUACAUUAAAAGUUAGUCUUUGAGAACAUGAGAUUCUGACUAGCUUUUGACUUUGUUAGUUUCACAAAAGAUGCUUUGAAGUCUUAAUGAGUAAGUCAGAAAAAGUUGUAGGAAAUAGAAUUUGUACAUGAACAGUGUAAGUUGUAUAUGAUAUUUGAAUAAUUGUAAAACUUUGAGAGUUUUCUUAUAAUAAAUUAUUAAAUUGAAUAUACUACAAUAUCUACUGCAGUAAGAAUUGGAGUAUCAUGAUGUAAUUCAUGGGAAUUAUUUUGGAGAAUAUAUUUCCUAAUAAAGAAUUAAACAAUAUUUAGAAUUGAUGACUGUGUAAGAACUAUUAUGAAAAAUGAGAUGACAUUAUCUUAUUGGCCUCAAAAAUGGUUCUGGGCUAAGUACCUGUUGAUAGAUUGAUCUCAUGUAAAUGGCCCACAUAGCAAAAACCCAUGACAUUUGCUUGUUACAAAGCUAAGCAUUUUAUGUUUCCAUAAAAGUGUCUAACAGGGACAGCCUUGUGGCAUAAUGGGUGAAGCUGUCACCUGCAACACCAACAUCCCAUAUGGGUGCCAGUUUGUGUCCCGGCUGCUCCACUUCCAAUUCAGCUCCGUGCUAAUGACCUGGGAAAAGCAGUGGAAGAUGGCCCAAGUGUUUGGGCCCUGGCCACCAUGUGGGAGAUGCGGAUAAAGCGCUUGACUCCUGGCUUUGGCCUAUCCCAACCCUGACCCAAAGUUGUGGCUAUCUGGGGAGUGAAUGAACAGAUGGAAGAUCUCCCCCCCUCCCCUUUCUGUCCCUCUCUCUCUAACUCCUCUGCCUUUCAAAUAAAUAAAUAAAUCUUUAAAAACGUUGUUUAACAAAUGUAUCCAAAUUUUUCUGGUAAAGUAUUUUUAUAUAUUUUACCAUAUUAUUUGUUAUCUUUUCCUCUUGUGAAAGAUACAUACAGAAAAAGAUCCCUAGAGUUUGUAUGUAUCGUUUAAUGAAUAUUUGUAAAGGAAAGUUCAUAUCUUUACACUCAGAUGAGGAAACUGCCAGCACCAGCAGCCCCCUGGGAAGCUCUUUCUGUGUCAGGUUCAUCUGUUUCCCAUGCUGGGCACUGUCCUGAACUUUGUUUCUGUUUCCUUUAUCUACUCUACUCCCCAUGUUUAUACCUAAACAGUAUAACAUUUUACCGCAUUUUCUUUAUAUUUUGGCUUAUAUGGGUGUGUGUGAUUUAAUUUACUGAAUCACUUGAAAAUAAACAGCAAUAAUUUUGAACACUUAAA